AAGUGAUUUCAGUUCGUUUUGGCCAUAUCUCCGCAGCCUUUCCCAGAGCCAGUCAUCUGUGCUUCAGCUGAUCGGGGUGCAAACUGAACUCUGGCUUGCCUGGCCGAGCCUGCCAAGAAAAACAUUAGCUAAGCAGAAACAGCUUGUAGCUGGGGGCAAAGGGAAAAACUUGCUGCGAGCGUUGAAUGCCGGCAGGGUGGUUGUGAUGAAGGCGGCAGAGGAACACAGCCAAUGUGCUGACAUAUUCCCAUUUGGACAGAAAGCAUCUGAAUCUGCUGGGAUCAUGAGGAAGACGAAGUAUUCCUGGGGAGCCUUCGCGGGAAGAGGCGGCAAGUGGGAGAAAAUGGCCGGGGAAAAUGCAAGGAUGCUGCCCAAAGCUGCACAUGAGGAGAGAAAGAAGCAGGAAGUGAAGAGGAGAGGGAAACUGAAAACCAUGGCGGGCAAAUUGCUAAAGGCCAUGGCUAGUGGGAAAGAGGCAGUGGAGGAGAAGGCUGGUGGUGAGGAUGUGGCAGGGAAUUUGCUGAAGACGGCAACCAGUAGGAAGGAAGCGGAGGGCGAGAUGCCUGCAGAGGAAACCAUCUGUGGAUUCAUUGAGCAAGGGAAAUUUUUUGAAGCUUGUGAUCAUAUUUAUGAUCUGGAGCAUUCUGGAAAUGAUGGUGUGGGAAGGUCUGAAUCGCUUUAUACGCUACUGGCUGAACGAAUGUGGACUGUGGUGGGAGAAGCACUCAGUGAAACUGGUGGGAUGUUCCUGGAGCCAUUGCAGUCGGUGGGGGAAUCGCUGAAGUGGGAGAAGCAGAAGGAAGUGGAGUGGCUUGGCAGCGGCCAAGAGAUGGAGUCUGUUUCCACCUGGAGUCCAAACUUCUGGAGGAAAGAUCUGGAGGAAAAACUAAUACAGUACAUGAUGGCCCAGAUUCCCCCCUUUGGUUCUUCUGGUAACACAGACCAAACUGCACUAAAACAGCAUCUGAGUCAGCUGGAAACGACGUUUCUCCCCAGCCUGGAGCAUAGAAGUGGUUUCUUCAAGGAAGCAGGACUGCUUGUCACCUACGCCCGCUGCUGUCAUGCCUCUUUGUCUUCUCACCUGUCCACCCUUACUAAUAGUGACCAUUUCAGCUUCAGCCAAUGUCUUUUAGUUUAUGAAUGGGGCCUUAAAAUGUACAAAAGCGGCAGCGAGACGAGUCUGAGACCCAGGCAGACCCCCCAGCACAGCCUUUCCCUUGGUGCGCAGCGUCUCGUGCAGAUUAUUUUGAAGACUGAGGAAAAGUUACUUGAAGUCGCCCGGAAGGAAGUAGGGAAAGCCCUGAAAGAAGCCUUUGCUAUUGGGAAACCCCCUUGUGCAGAUGCUGCAGUCAUUCAGAUAUUAACAGAGAAGACAGAGGCUGCCUGGCGUGUCAGUGAAAGCCUGAGCGAGAAGGUGGAAGCCGUGUGCCUGGAGGAGUGCCUGAGGUUCCUGGAGAGCUAUGAAAAUGAAGUAAGAAGCUUUCUCCAGCUCGAUGGCUGCCCGGGGAUCUGCAGCAGCUUACGAGUCCUGGAGAACUGCUGCAUUCUCAGGACUGUCUGGCAUAAGCUAACGUACAUUUGCAGUGCCAGCACUGGUCAGGAUGUUAAGGUGAAUGGAUUUCUAGACAGGAUGGAAGAUGAGAUUACGGAGCAUUUUCUGCAGACAGUGACUUCUAAAGUCAAGGGAAUGCUGAAGGAGCACUUCAAAAAGUGUGACAGUGGUUUUGACCACAUCCUUGAAUCCUUAAAGCAAAGCUUCUUGGCAUUUGGGAAGAAAAAAACAGACACGUAUGAGGCCCUCGUCAAGGCUGUGAAUGCCAUCGUUAUUACAGAAUAUGUGCAGGCUCUCCUGACCACUUCCAGGAAACCAUCUUCUGUGCAGAGGAGGAGGAUUGUCAGCAAGAUAGAAGAAGAUCAUAGGAUGCUGCAAACCAUCUUUAAAGAGUGCUUAGGUCCUGCAGCUGGUUGCCUCAAGGAUCCUCUAAAAGCAAUUUUAGAACUUAUUCAAACUUCCGAUGCUGAGGGGAUGAAAAUAGCCCUUCUGCCCAUUCUCAAAGAAUUUCCUGAUCUAAGGAAGGAACAUCUGAGUGCAGUGCUGGACGUCAAAGACUCGCUCAGCCGAGAAGACAGAGCUGCUCUCUUGAAGGUAUUUCACGAUAACUGCAGGGAAUCAGAAACAGAAGCAAACUUGCUUUUUGCAGAUAUAGAAGUAAAACCUAGAAAAUAUGGACUCUGUGGCUGCCUCUGCUGUUAGCAAAGGCCUGCUGUGAGAAACAUGAGGUCUCGCUCCCAUGUGGCAGCAUCUGCAAUCACAGCUCCUUGAAAGCUUCAGGGAUCCGUGCAGCUGGAUGCACAGAGAAGCCUGACAGCUAUGAAAGACACAAUUCCUGCACUUUUGCAGGAAAACCAUGUGGCCCAAAUCCUAAUCUUCUAUGCAAAGUCCAAGUGCAAGAUGAAAGGGAUAUGGCAAAAAGACAUUCUUUCAAAAUUUCCUAGAGAUUGCUGCUUACCUGAGUCCUGGUGGUUAUUCCCAGGAUGUGGCAUGAUGGUGUGUGGAGGAGGAGGAAGGUUCCCCCUUGCCAAAUUUCUCUCUGUUUCCAUCCCUUGUUUCAUGCAAUCUCACGUGAAACCAGGGACUGCUGCAUCACACGGUAUCCUAGCAGGUGACAUGGUAUUGCAACCACGCCAGGGACUCAGGACCCUCCGUUAGGGAAUCCUGCCUAGCCCAUGGUGCCAGUGUGGGUUUGGGCACUUGGAUCCACUCCUCGAAGCCUGACCUGCACCAGGAGGGGUGCAGACAGAGCUGCUUCUUCCCUCGCUCCCCGCACAUGAAGGCUGGGGAGCUGUUCCCGUAUGAGUUUUACAGCUGGUUCUGGAGCAGAGUCUUGUAUUCAUUUUUAUACCUCAGUUACUGGAAAUUUCCUCUUGGAGGGGGAGGGGAAAGCCUCGUGGGAAGCAGGCAGUGAAAAGAGCUGUUUGUCUCAGACUUCGGGCAAGGUCUGUGCUGUUUUCAGAUGUAAAUAGGCAGUUCCGCAGGAAAACACUGAGUUUUCUUCCUAGUUAUCUAUGGACUGGUGACAACCUCCAAGCUGGAUUUGGUUCAAGGCCCUCCUUUGCUAUUGUGUUAAUAUAGGCCAUUACCGCUCCUCUCUGGCUGUGUAAACAAGCAAAAAAGCUCUGCCACCUCAGACAUGCCAGUGCUUUUCUGAGCAGCCAUUCCCCCUCGGAUCUGCUUCCCUAACAAGAAAAGGGGCAAAUUUGUGCAUAACCCGUCAAUGUGUGAGGCAGGGGACAUGUCACGCCCUGGGACGCUGGGAAAGCACAGGCUCAGGUGGAUGCUGCCACGCUCUGCAGUGCUGUCACCCCAGGGACGCGGGUGUCCCAGCUCAGGGCUAGCUUAUCUGCCCAGAUCCUGUCGUGCAGACAGGGUCCUGUGAGCUUGACAGGAGCCGGAGCAGGUUUAUAAUUGUCAUGAGCUUUGCUCCUGGCACAGUGCUGAGCGUAGGGUCAGUGGCAGAGAAGUGGGAAGGAACAGGCCGCUCCAUCUCCAGGGAGUCCUCUGUGGGCUUUUGGGGCACCAUGAGACCUUGGCAUCGUUACACUCCAUCCCUCGCAUCGUUAAAGGGUAGCGAAAGUGUCCCGUGGCCUGCCUGCCCUUCCUGACCGCACAUCUGCUUCAAAGGCCCAGCUCCUGUGUCCCUUGCAUUUUACAGCUGUCCAUUGCAGCUUUGGUGAGACCCUUCCCGGGAUGCGGGGAGGCUGGGGGAGCCGGCAGAGCUGCAGCCUGGCCGGGUGGUUGUGGGUUGGGCUGUGGGCCUGGGUGGACACCUGCCGUCCGAAGGGUGCUAGCCCUGCCGGGCACGCUGGGCCAGUCACCCUCCUCUCCCGCCUGUUUGCAUGUUUUUUUUCAAGGGCGGGAAGGGAUGACAGACCCGACUGCCACAGCAGGGUCAGAGUCAGCCUCUGCCAAUGGGGAUUUCGAGCAAUGAGCCUUCCAGAGAAAGUAAAUAAAAACCCCUCUGAUAUUUCGGUUACGGUUGGGCUAAAAGUAAUCCCACAGCAUGUGGAUGCCUCCUGCCAUGUACAUACUGAUGUCUACGUACAUCUUUGCCAUUUGCCAUUUGCAGCCAGGCAAGGGUCUAUUCUGCUUGCAAGCAGGGGCUGGGAGCCAUGAGGGACACCGGGGUUGCCACUAUCGACCCUGCAGAUGAGACAGCUGAGAACAAGCCCUGCGCCAUCACGGCUGCUGCCUGUCCUCACUGGGCAGGCAGGGGAUGGGCAGCAUCUCCUGUUUGGUGUGUGGGUGGAGAAGCACCACUUUCAAUGAAGUUUCUUAGCAGCAAGUUUCUGCAGCUUGUGUCUAGCAUCCAGUCGUGGAGAGGGCAAAUAAAGACUUGAAUUUGCCUGUGAGGUCUAGCACUGGUGGCACAUGUGAGGUUUUCCAGAGCUGGAGGGCCCAGGGACGUUGGCUGGGGUGGUCAUGGGGGGUGAUGGGGAGAGGCCACCUGGUGUGGAGGCAGAUGGUGUGGGAGGGAUGUCCUCGGCCACCUGCAAGUCGCCUGGGGAGAGCAGAUGGUGUGUGGGGAGGCUCCCGUGCCUGGUGGGUCCCCAGGAGGGGAGGCUGGGUCACUCCCUGGGACUAUCUGGGGUGAUGAGGGAGGGGAGGGGAGGCUGUGGGGAAGGGUGAUGAGGGAUUUCCCUUCUUUGGGGGGAUUUUAACCCACUCUGAUCUGUGCCCUGACCUUCCCAAGUGACCCAGACUCCUCUUUUCUAGCCUUCACCCUAGGCUGGGGUUAAAGCACUUGGUUGGGAUCUGUGCUGCUGGGAAGCAGGGUCACACUCAGGACCCUUCUGCAGGAUUAUCUUGUGGCCUUGGGAUGUGCGCAGGGAUAGCACUGCCAUUGCUGUCAGCCUGCCAGGGCCACCGUGGAGCUGUGCUGAGCAUCUCCCGCUUGCCCUCAUGUCCAGCGGCUCCACCACUACGAGUAGGACAGGAUCACUCAGAGCUCAGCGCUGAGAGGCUCCCUGCACAAAGACCCUCUCCCACUCCCUCUGCACCCAAGGUUUUACGGGGAUCCCCUUGGCACCAGGGUCAUGCCGCUGCCACGCUCACACAUCACCCGGACGUGCCAGCCCUGGGGACGUGGGCAGCAAGGAGUGACAUGGUGCUCCUGGAGGUUUGACGCUCUGGCUUUUUUGAGACCUGCUCACUGUCCAUUACCUCUCCAGCUCUGCACUGGGCCAACAGGUUGUGUGGUGAGCAACGAUUCGUCACCCAUGUCCCCCACACUGCUUGGGGUCAGGGUUUGCCUGAGUGCUUUGAAGUGCUGCAUGCGGCAGAGCCUCACCAGCCACCCCUGUCAUUUGAGCUCCUGUCUCCAGGGGUCAUCUUCAGUGCUGGAUGCUGAAGACAGUGAAAAACAGAUGCUUCUUAAUUAUGCUGCAAGGUCUGAGGCAAGACCUGACCUUUGCUGAGGUGCCACCUGUGCUUCCCCAGUUUACUUAGUGGCUUUGCCAAGGAUGUGUGACAUGGAUGGAGGGCUUGAUGGUGAAAAACCAGGUAAUACUGAGGAUUUGGGACAUGCUGAGCUCUGUUGGAUAGCAAAGGUGCACAAGGAGAAUCAAUCCCUAAAACCAUGAGACCUCAGAGAGGGCAAGCCCCUUGCUGAUUGCAAAAUGCUACAGUAAAUUGUGGUUUGUUCCCUUUCCUCCCCCCUCGCAAGAGGAGCCUGUCAAUGUUGGGAAACUCGUACAUUGAUCCUAAUAUUAGCCAGAACAACUUGCACCCACCUUUGAGGCUUUCCUCCCCCACCUCGGGCUCUGCCAGCACCCAGCUGGGGAGCGAUGCCCGACCCACGGGUGGGGAUGGGCGCGUGCGUGGGAUCGGCAGCACGACAAAAACCACUGCAGGUAAUUCUCCCACGGGGAAACACCCCAGCGCAUCGCUGAAGGUUGGAUUUUAAGGGUUAAAUGUCUGCCUUUACCCCAGCAUCCCAUGAUCCGUGCGGGAAUGAGAAGGAGGCACCGGCAUCUCCUGAGGUCUCUUGCUCUGCACCAAGGGCUGGGCUGGGUGUCCCCAAUUUCCCCCAGUUUCCCCCGGGGACACCCGGGCUGGGAAGGGCACACACCUGGUGCCAUCUAGUGGCAAUGGGACACGGAAAGCGCCGCGGCUCUUUUAUAUUUAUUAUUUUUAUUGUUAUUACAGGGGUAUUACAGGGGUAUAUGCUUGCGUGGCAUAUCAAUUGUGUGGGCUGUGAGUGACCCCUUACUGGGGCGUGAGACUUGCAAGAAAACAAAAAGUUGGCAAUUCUGGUGUAAAGUAGGAUGCACAGAGCAUGUAGGUAUUUCUGCCAGCCAAAUAACCAGCAGUUUUGUGGGAUGACUCUGAAAGAGAGCCACAAGCAGCACUGUCACAAUGGGCCCUGUGCUUUAUAAAGCCGGCGGAAGCUUGUGAGUGUACAGAGGUCGAGACACAGCGCUGCAGAGCUAGGGCCCAAGGAACUGAUUUCUUCCCUCUCUGCAGCAGUCGGGGUUCCUGCUGUGGUGAAGGGCCUUCGGAUAAGGUUUUAGUUGGCUUAAUCUGACCUAAGGCCAUACUGGUACCAGAAGAUGGGUUCCUGCCCUCACCUCCGGGUGCCUCUCCACCACCUCCAUCGCAUUGGCUUUAGGGGUCAGGUCCACUUCUGUGACAGCAAAUUAGCAGCUGAAAUAAACAGUUCUUCAUGGGCUUGCCUGUCCUCUUUCCUUCUCGGGGGCUCUGGGGCAGUCACCUGUCUCCGAGCUCCAGCUGCCAGCUCCACCCCUGCUAACUCUCCUGUCUCCUAUUGCCAUCCCAAUGCUUGCGGUUCUCAGCCUGGUCCCACAUGCUCUCCUGGAGCUGCCCCCUUGCCCACGCCUGACGGAGCCGUUCCCUCGCUGGCAGUUUGCUUGCUGCUGCCUGCAUCGCGGUGAGCGUGGGGCUGCAGUGCUGCCUGUGCCUGCCUGUCCUGCCUGCCCUGGCAGGGGCGCGGGGGCUGCUGCAUAUUGCCCAGAUGGGUUUUUGUAAAAGGGGUGCCAGUCUGUCAGCAGUUAAAACAAAUGGGCUGAGUUUAAAACAGCUGUUGGGAAAACCCCUGUGUUUCAGGACUGGGACAAAGUAUAUGCAAGGACUUUUGCAACAGCAGACUGUCUGGAGCAGUUUGUAUCCUUGCAGGGUUUUGGAACAAAUGUAAAUCAAAUCUUGAUUCACAGAUGAGUAUCAGAUAUUUUUCCUUCACUGGAUUAUACCCUCCCACCUUCUCCACACUGAUCUUUUGUGUCUAGCAAAACGGGCUUGUGCUAUGCCAAAUAAUGCCAUUUUAUUCCCCUUCAGACUGCCCAGUGCUGAGAAAGACCCGAAUCUCCAUUCCCAGACGCUAGCUGCGGCUCCUACUGAUGCUGCCAUGUGGUCCGUGGCCCAUUUCACUUGUGUCUGCUGGGGUCUCAUCCAGCACGAACCAAACUUGGGAGGAAGAGCUGGGUGUGGCAAGGGGAAGGAUGAGCCCAUGCUGAGGUGUUGCAGCCCAGAAAGGAGCAGGGGUAGCCGCUAAACAUGAGCUCUUCGUUAAAAGCUCUGUGGCAGGGGAGAGCACUUCUGUGCACAGGCUAAGGGUUGUGAAGCACCCGUGUAAAGAUCAGCGCGGAGGAAGCUUUGGCAUUGCACAAGACUGCGUUUUGCAAUCCUGCCACAUGUCAGUGGCCUCGCCCUUGUUGCACGGGUGACAACAUACCAGCAGUGGCCUGGUGUGGGUGGCAGCACCUGUCUGUGAGUGCAGCUAUGGGCUGCGGCCAUCCCAGGGCACCCUUGUCCCGCCAGGUCUGAGCUGCUCGUUGCACCCAUGGGUCUCCCUGCUGGAGCUCCUGGCAGAGCUGUUUGAAUGGAGCUGCCAGGGGCUGGUUUGGGGCCGGUUUGUCAGUGGACUGGGGGGGCUGGGGGCUGCUGCCUGCCUCGGGGAGGCAGCAGUGAUGGUGCCUGGGCAUGAGGCUAAAGCACACACUGCAAUGGGGAGGAUGCAGCCACAGCCGCAGCACAGCCUGCAGCUUGGUCCUGUGCAGGGUGGAGGGACGGGAAAGGGCCGAUCCCGCACUGUGACAAUCACGACCCCUCUCCUCUGUACUGUGACCUGCCUGUCUUGAGAGACAACUCUGGCAAUUGCUGCUGGGGUAGCUGGAUGUCUCCUGACCUCCCUGCCGGUUUGUACCCCCUGAGUGUGCAUGGGUGAUGCAGAGCCCCUGCUGGGACCCACUCGGCGAACAACCCAUGUGGUGAUGGCCCCAGGGGCCUUACUGUAAGCAUGUUUCAUCACCCUUUAAUGAUGAAAUGUCUUUUGCAGGUUGUCAGGGUGCCCGGGAUGUGGCCCGGGGCUGGCUGCCAGGACACGUGGGUGAUGGGCUCUGCCAGUUCUCCUUACGAGCAGCAGGACAAAGGGAAUUGCAGACACAGACCACCCCUCUGCCAAGGUGCCACCCUGGGCUGGGAGUGCUGCAACCUCCCCUCCCCUUUAAUGCAUUUCAGCUGUUAAUAAGAGCUCAUUUUUCACCUUAACCCUGCUGCAGUGGCUUCCCUGGUAGAGGGGCUGUUCUGUGCUGCCCGCUCUUGGGCAGACCCCAGCCACAGCCCCGCGUGUAAUUACCUUGUCUCCCCAAAAGCGAGGAGCUCUGGUUGCCUCAGCCUGAAGCCAAGCUGCGGUCCCCCCUUGGAUGCCUUUUCUUUUCUGGUGGGGUGUCCCUGUGAAGUUGGGACCCGCCACUAGAUGGGGGUAAAACCUGCGGGAACACCCGGAGCCGCGCGCUGCGGCGGGGCAAGGACCACGCGUGGGGCCGGCGGUGCUGCGGGCAGCGGCCGUGCGUGGGCUGGGUCCCGGGAGCCCGGCUGCGGGGAUGCAGCAGGGCCAUGCCCCGUGGAGGGCGGCGUGGGAGGGAUGCCCGUCACGCCGGGGGGAUGCUGGGGGCCACAGUGGCCUGCCCAUGGCUGCUGGGGACAAGCGGGGGCCGAACCGUCCUGCCCCGCUGCUCUACCCCAGGCAGUCACCUGCGUGCAGGGGACACCAGGCACGGUUGGCAGAGGACGAUGGGGACAGUUUCUCCUUCCAAACAUGUGCCCAGUGCCAGGCCGACUCUUGCCCCAUUGCUAACUGGUAUCCAUUAUUCCUGAGUCCAACCCCACAGUCCCCCUGCUUAAAAAUGCAGGACUCACUUCCAGGGGCAAAUUCCCUUUUUGCCUCCUGUUUGGGGCACUGCAAGACCAACACAUACUUGUGUCUUGCCCAAAGACUCAGUGCGGGCCCUGGGGUGGGCUCCCUGGUCCCCCAGCUCUCAGGGGGCUGUGGAGCCCCUCACUGGCAGGCUCACCCCGCUCUCCUGCCAGGGUAAUGCAGAGUGGGGCUGAGCACCCGGAGCAGCUCUGCACCAUGGCAGAGGGGCCACCACGAAUGUGCUUCCUUCUCCCAUCAUGCUUACACUUAUGUCUCCUGUAAAAUUCUCAUCAGCUCACUUCUCCCUGGUGCCUAAGCCACAACAGAACUGCUGGGUCCAUCCCAUCCUGGCCCUGCCCCGUGGACAAAUCCCAUCUGAUCCCAGAGGUGCCUGGCUGGAGCUUGUUCCUUCCCUGCCCUGCAGAAAGCCCUGCAGCCAAGCUCCCCUGCCACAGCGGAGUUUGCUCAUUACAGGGCUGUGGCUGUCCUGGCUGUUCCUUGGCCCUGGCUCAGCCCUGUGCCUGGGACAUGGCACUUGCCAUGUAUUUAAAAGACAUGUAGAUGUGGUGCUUAGGGAUGUGGUUUAGUGGUGGACUUGGCAGUGCUAGGUUAAUGGUUCGACUUGACGAUCUUAAAGGUCUUUUCCAACCUAAACUAUUCUAUGAUUCUAUGAAACAGGGUACACUAAGUUGAAGCCCAAACCUAUGGUGGUGUCUUUAUAACGGCUGUCCCUGGCUGGUGGGGAUGUAAUGGGGAGCUUCCUGCUCUAUGUCCUGCAUGGUCAUUGAUAACCAGCCCUGUCAGCAGCUCCUUCUCGGCUCCGUCUUAAAUAAAACAAGCCCAGGCAGGUGGAGCUCAGGCUACAAGACCAUAAUUAAAAAUAGCCAUGACCGAGAUGUUUCCCCAAGACUGCCUGAUAGCCACACAGGCCGGGAUUACUGUGUGGGCACAGUGGGAAAUGUCUCUGCGUAUCAGAGACUUGUUGUGGGGAGGGAGGAGACGUGGCAGUGACUGCAGGAGACAAGUGCCCAUGUCCUGUGGGGGAGACCGGGGCUUGAGGGGCAGAGCUCUGGCACCAUUUUCCCAAUAUCCUGCUCAAAAACCAGGGCCCCAGAUGAGUGUGGAGCUACCAGCAAACCUUGUGCAUUCAUAUUAUAUGAGGAAGACUUGAGCGAGCUGUUUCCUGAGGGUGACUGGGGAAGAGCUGCCAUCACGCGACCAGGGCUUGGGAUCUGAAGACAGCCUGCCCUUGCCUUGCCUUCCCCCUACUGCAUUUCUUGCUAGAAGCAUUUUUUUACCUGUUUGAGGGCCAACAUCUUGCCUGGCCCCACCAUCUUUCCUAAAUUAAGCUAUGCUUUCUCAGAUGUCAUAUUUCUGGACUGUCAGUCAUUCUCUCUCUAGUCUUUUGGGCUCUGGAGUGCCAAGAGCGGACACUGUACAGUAGCCAAGCUUUGAUGAUGACAGCUGGAGUAGAAGAGUUUCUUUCCAUGUUGUCCAGGUGUCAGUCCUUUUUUGCAAGUCCCAGCCAGAGGUUUCCUUUUUCACAGCCUUGUGUUGACACAACCCAUUCAUGACCCGUCAUUACUCCAGAGUGUUUGGGUUUUUGCAGUUAUUACUGAAUGGGCAAUUUCCUCCCUGAAUUUGUGCAGUUGUUUUCUUCUGUCAUUUCCGUAUGCUAUUGUUGUUCUGGUUGAAUUGAUUUUUAUUUUUUUUUCUAGAUAACUGCGAGAUCAGAUCCUGUCCCUAUCCCUGGCCACCAUGCUGGCAGUCCCUGAAGCUCUUGUGAGCAUUCUCGGUGUUUCAGCAUCCAAAUCAUUAAUGAGCCUGGCUCAGACCAAACUUCUGUGAACUCCCACUCAACACCCCAUGCAGUUUUGCCCUGAUCAUGAAUCGCCGUCCAGUUUUGUGUCUGCCUCCCAGGAGCUUUGCAAGAGCAGACCCUCAGCCCAAGGUCUGUACACCCAGACAGAUGUGCAAUGCUCCCCAGACCUUCACCAAGCCAUGGCCAACAGUGACACCCCUCCUGCUCCACUGCCUCGUCCCUGCUGCCACUGUCAGGGGCAGCGCUUGGCACCAGCAGGGACAAUGGUCCCUACCUCACUUAUUUACAUGAAUGAUACUUGAGAUGGUGUUAAAACCCUUACUAAAGUCAAGAUUCCCAACAUCUCUAGCUGCUGUGCUCUCAGGGAGGAGAAACUCCUGCCAUGGAGGGAAAGCAAAUAGAUUUAUGCAGAACAAUUAAAACAAUCUUGGGGUAUUGCCUUGGUAUUGUUCUCAUGCUUAAAACUCUUUAAUUCAACUGAUAUUUUUCCCAGGAAAUAACCCCAGGGCUUAUUCCUCCCCCUCUUUUAAGAUCAGCACUGCCUGCCCUUGCCCAAGGAGCCGCCUCCCUCUUGGCCAUCGCGGUGGAUGGCUGCGAGAUGGCUUUGACCACUUUUCCAAACACGCUCUGCUGGGCUUUAGCCUCUGGUUUAUUUAGGCUGCAGUUGGACACAGAGUUUGUUAGCAUUAUCUUACUUCAUUUAGUUUUUGGCAGCAUCGUUGGUGUAAGCAGCCCCCACUGCAUGUUCUCCCCGCGCUCAGCGCUAGUGCAGCUGUUGGGGGGGCAGCGGUGAGGGGGGAGACAGAGGCUGCUUAAGCCAAGGCUGCUGCUGGAGCGGAUGCACCUCCCUGCACUUACAGUUGCGUUCCCCUGGUGCUGCUCAUCCCUCGGUACUGGCAUCUGUGCUUAGGCUUCCCAGUUGCUCCCCAGAUGCUUGUGCCACAGUUUUACAUGAAUCUCCUGGAAUUUGAAUAACUUGUUUUCUUUCUGUAAUUCCUUCUUAAACUUCAGAGGAUUAAGGAAUUUAUGAUGCAGCUGAAUUCCCAUCAUGCUCCACAUCCUCCUCCUUCACUGGGAGAUUUCUUCAUGCCUUAAAUAUUAUUUCCUGAGGAGCUGCCUGCUCCUCUAAAUUCCACUUUCCCCUCAGACCAGCCUGCCCUGGUGUGUCUCCUAUCGCAUCUGUUUCUGCUGCAGUCUGCCCCCAUCAACUUAAUUUUUCCGACUCCUUCUGUCCUGAGAAUCAACGUCUCUCCGGUGUCCCCAUCCCUGGUGCCUACCUUCCCCUGCCCAGGGCCAGAUCCCUUCUCUCACCCCAUGAAGAAGGGGGUCAGGAAAGUGGUGCUGAGCCCUACAUACUCAGUGCAGGGGUGAGGAGCACUUCCCAAGGCAUCUGUGGAAGCUCAGGCUCACGAGAGGCAUCCCUAGGGUUGAAAUAGGGCAGCCCAUGGGUACAGCUAGGUCAAACCUCUCUGGAAGGAAGGGGCAGAGGUGCAGGGGGCCGUGGAAGGAAAAGAGAGUCUCUCCAAAAUGGCAGACUGGGGGGUAUAAGAGGUCUGAGAAGGAGGAUAGCCCAGAGGCUGAGGCAGCCCCACGCACAUGGGUGCCUCAGAUGCUGCCAGCCUCUGGGCAGCACAGGGCUGUUUUGGGAGCGGGAACUACCCUGAGUGGGUGAAUUCCAGAUAAAUCACUUCUGCAGCUGAGCUUCAGGCUGAAAAGACUGCAGAAUGCCCAGGGACACUUUGGCACAUGGCCCUGGGAAGAGCUGUCAGACAGCAGCACUGUGCCUCAGUUUCCAUUUUAAAGCUGCAGUGCUGCUGCUACAUGCCCUGCCAUGUUUUGUCACGCGCGUCCCAGCUCUAGGAAGGUGCAAGGGGUUUGUCUGUCCUGUCUUACUGCAAUGCUGUGCAGGCAAAGCCAAGCUGGUGUCUGGCUCACGUGUCCUGGUCUUCAGCAGAGGCUGAGCUGCCAAACCCCCUGCGUUAAGGUGUGUGUUUAGGAGUUUCCCUCUCCUAUCCCAGCAGAAUGCUGGGGUUGUAUUUAAGGGCUGACAUGGCUGGAAGGAUGCAGUAAAAGCAGCAAUUCUGGGAAAUCAUGUGUCUUUCCUUCCCUUUGGAAACUGUGAAAGCUGCCAGGUAUGAUGCAAUCUUAUAUUGUUGCAUGCUUUAAGAACUGUGUCACACCAAGGCUGUAGCUACCGACAAAGGCAGAGCGUGGCUUGAGCCAUUUGGUUGAAAAGCGGUACUCUUCCCAGAGGAGCAGCUCCUCCAUCUGUGGAGAAAUGACAGUGCUACCCCAAAGGAACAGCACUCCAGGUUCAUUUAGACACCAUUCGAUUUCCUUUUUCAUAAAUGCAGAGAUGUUUAUGUUAGCCUCAAAUGUUUUGCACAAUGCUGGACUCCUAUGGUUUUAGCAUUGAUGACAUUCCCCUUUUGCCUCAGAUAGGAUGCAUCUGGGUCCCUCUCUCUUGGCUAUAAGUGAGGGCUGGGGACAAGUUCCUCUGCUGGCCAGGUUCUCCUGGGACUGCCGGGCUCUGCCAGCAGGGCAGGGCAGCACUGCUGCACCACCGAGGUGCUGACUGUAAAGACACCAAGAGAAAAGGUUGUCCUCCAGCCUGGGCUGGUGCCUCCAGCAUCUCCCCCACGGCUGUGCUGGGAGCCAACAUCAGGAGGCUUGGAGGCAGGGGCAGCAGCCUGUCCCCUAACAGACACUAGUUUUGGAAAGCUACAGUUGUUGGCCAGAAGGAUCUCCACCAAAGUCCUCCACAUCUGAAAACACAUGUAAGAGAGAGUUGCCCCAGUAAUGGACAUGUUGUCAGUGAGAGGGUCCAGCAGACGGGUCUAGGCCAUGCUUAAUCUGGCAAAGAGGAAGAUGAAGGACAAUUUGAUAGCAACCUAUGUGAAGGAUGGUUACAAUGGUGACAGAGUUAAACUCUUCUCAGUAGCAGCAGAUGAUACGCCAAGGGAAAAUGAACACAGGUUGUGAAAGUUCAGGUUGAACAUCAGGGAGAAACUUCUUCCCUAGGAGGUGAUGCAGCCCAGAAAGGUGGUGGACUCUCCACUUUGAGGUUUUCAAGACUUUGCUAGGCAAAACAAUGGGCUGACCUGAUCUAGAAUUGGCAAUGGUCUUGCUUUGAAUGGAAAGGUGGACUGGAGGCCCCCAGAGCCCCCUUCCAGUGGUGCCAUCAUCCUGUAAACCCUGUGGCCUGGCCAAGUGCACUUAUAGCUUAUGUGUAAUGGAUCAUCACUUCCCACCCACCUGAAAAGAAAUAGGAGGUGAAGGCUCUGUGGACUAUGUCUGAAGAGUUGUUUUCCCAAGCAUGGUCUAACAGGGAGGUUGAUGGAGGGGAGAGCUGGGGUGAAGAACACUCUUAGCCUUCUGUAUUUUUUAAACAUUGACCUAUUGUACUAAAAGAAAGGGCAAACAAAUAGAGGGAAAACAUAAUUAAAUGUAUACUAGAGAGGUUUGCAUGUCCUCAAAGUCAGGAGUCUGUUUUCUUCACCACACAUCAUGCUGGGAUGGGACCAGAUGGGACAGCCAAAGUCCCUGCCAGGGACCAGAUAAGAGCAGAUUGGAAAGAUGGGAAUUUCCUUGUGCCACUGGACAAUCCUUCCCAGUUUGAAGCUUGUUGGCAUCAAAGACCUACAUUUUUGUAUCACUUCCUGGAAAGCGAGGCCUCCCAAAAGCCUGUGGCAAGGGUGGAAUUUCCCACAAGCCCCUGCUUUCUCAAGGCAUCGAACCAAGAAGUGAUGCUUGCUCAGGGUGUUUGUUCUUGUUGACAUGACUGGAGCAUAAACACAUGUCCUAGCUGCACACAGGCAUGGGAAGCAGGGCUCCAGGCUCCCAUGAAACCAGAACUCCACUGUGAAAAGAUUUGGGAGUUUUUGGUGAGCUGACUUGUAUUUAUAAGUGCAGUUCCUCUCUUAUAAAGGCAUUUUCUACAUUUAACAUACUCUCAGCCUUGUUUUGUUUUUCUGCUGGGUGACAAGAAGAAAGAGCACAGAAGAUAUUUUUUGGGAAGAACUAUGAGAAGACUGAUUUACCAAUCUGACUUUCCAGACUGCUUUUGAGCUUGAAAAUGAGUGCAACUGAGGUUUGGCAGAGUCUGAUGGUAACCUUUCAUAGAGCCACUGUGUUGGGUUUGUGUGGCAAGGUUUUGGUAGCGGGGGGGCUACAGGGGUGGCUUCUGUGAGAAGCUGCUAGAAGCUCCCCCUGUGUCUGAUAGAGCCAAUGCCAGCCAGCUCUAAGACGGGCCCGCCGCUGGCCAAGGCCAAGCCAAUCAGCACCUCUGUGAUAACAUAUUUAAGAAGA